AGCCCAUGCGGCCAGUCCUGGGACAAACAUGGCCGACGGACACCGGAGUCACACGCUUUAUUGCCGCUUACGCGACCCCGGUUUGGGAGAUCAUGGAAGCGCCCGAGGACCUCGCGGCGGGCCCGGAUCCCGGCGCUGGGAACGCGACCCCUGAGCCCCGGGCGGGCCGGGUGCGGGUGCGGGUGGGGGCGAGCUGCUUCGCCGCGGAGCGGGAAACGCUGCGGCGCCACAGCGACUACUUCCGCGCGCUCUUCCGCUCGGGGAUGGCGGAGAGCGCGCGCGACGAGCUGCACCUGCGGGGCGGCGUCAGCGCCGCCGGCUUCGCCGCCGCGCUGGCCGCGUGCCGCGGCGAGCGCCCCGAGCUCGGCGGCGCCGAGCAGCUGGUGGCGGCCGUGGAGGGCGCCGCGUUCCUGCAGGUCGCGCGCCUGACGCGGCACCUCUGCGACGUCCUGGACUCGGACAACUGCCUCCUCCUGUACCGCGCCGCCGCCGUCUUCGGGGUGCGCGAGCUCUUCCACUGCGCCGCCCUGCUGCUCCGUGAUGCGUUCGAGGACCUGCGGGACGCGGCCGAGAGGACGAUCCCCGAGGACCUGAUACAGUACUCUCAAUCCCUGUCUCCUGCUAGCUACAUCGCUAUAGGAACCCAUUCCCCCUCCGUGGAGCUGCUGGGCGACUCCUUCCGGGUCGUCUGUUACCUCGACGAGGAGGAGGCGGAGUGGAAGCACCUCACCGACCUCCCAACGCUCUGCAGCACGUCCAUGGCCGGCGUGGCCGUGCUCGACAACCGCCUGUACAUCGUCGGGGGCGUCCACGGCUACGGGAAGGACGCGGUGGACGCCGGCUUCUGCUACGACCCCGGCUCCGGCGCGUGGACCGCGCUUCCGGGUCCCCGGCAGCCCAGGCACGACUUCACCCUGCUGGGACACGAAGGCCGGCUCUACGCCAUCGGCGGCGAGGUCCAGAAGCGCGUGGUUUCCACAGCGGAGGCCUUCGACCCCCUGAGGGGGGAGUGGAGCUUUAUACGGGACGCCCCGCGGCCCGUAGCGUCCGCGGCUAGCGCCGUCGCCAGGCGCCGGGUGUUCGUCUGCUUCUGGAAGCCACCCGACACCACGGAUAUCUUUGAGUACAUACCAGCAGAGGACGAAUGGAGGCUCGCCACCACCAUGCUCCGCCCCCAGAGCUACGGCCACUGUAUGGUGGCCCACAGGGACGACCUGUACGUCAUGCGCAACGGGCCUUGCGACGACUUCCUGCGUUGUCUAAUAGACCGCUACAACGUGACGACGGGCCAGUGGACGGCGUUGGCCGGUCACUACAUAAACAGCAAGGGGGCACUGUUCACUGCGACGGUCAGAGGGGACUCCGUGUUCACCGUCAAGCACAUGCUGACUCUGCAGUACCGCAUCGGCGGGGACGCGUGGCGGCCGCGCAGGCAGAUGAAGGGCUUCCCGAAGAGCGGCUCGCUGUGGACGUGUCUGCUCAGACUCCCCAGCGCGGGCCCGGUUACGCCGCAGCUGGACGCAGGCGGGAAGGAGGAGGAGGAGGAGGGGGGGGGUUCGGCCGGAGCUCCGCCGCGACUUUAACGUCAGAGCCGCGGUGAAAUACAGAGCGUUGCGGAAUAAAAACAGACAGAUUGCGAAGCGGCCCCAGCGUUGCUCCGUUCGGCGCGCGCGCGCGCGCGCAAACGCGCUGACGCUGAGCGUUCGCCGUGAUUGGCAACAGCUGCUGCCGCCGUCUAAAGCGGUGAGCGCGCGCGCUCGCGCUCGCGCGAAGUUCAAAGGCGCUGACGGAUGCUCUCAACCUCGCGCCCUGUGUUUUUCCUGAAGUCACACUGCGCGAGUUCAACAUAAAAUCACUGUGGAGGGAGGAAGCGCUUCCCGCAGCCGCGGGUUUGUGACUCUGGGAGCUGGUUGUGGUUUGCGCGGACACCACAGACUGCAUUUUUGUACGAACAUUAAAAUCUAGCGACGUGUGAUAUUAUUAUAUUCUAAAAACCCUCUCACUUACGCUUCUGGGGGGCGGCAGGUCUGGAAGGGUCUUCUGUGGGACUGGACCAUGUUUUGUUGCUUUUCCGUUGACCAGGGCAUCUGAUUUGUCAUCUAAGCAAUAAAAGCACGGAGGAAAAUUAAUAUAUUAACUCAUCUGACGUUUGUCAAAUUAAGAUGAAUGAUUUACAAAUAAAGUUAAGCUGCGCGCUGCUUCCCAACACUAAC